AUGUCUGGGAUAGUAAAUGGACAAGGAGCAUCGCAGCGUAAAGCAGGAGCGAAAGUCACGGUAGUAUUGGGUGCACAGUGGGGCGACGAGGGAAAAGGAAAACUAGUGGAUAUUUUGUCGACUAAUGCCGAUCUGGUGUGCCGGUGUCAGGUUUGUAUUGUAGCACAUAUCUAGUCACAUAGAUCCUUGAAACAAAGUUUUUUAACAUUUUAUAUUGCUCUUCUGAAACAAACUUUGAACGACCAGACCAGGAUCGCUGAUCUCGUUUCAGUUUUUGUAAACAGCAACAACAAAGACUGCAUCAAAUGAAAACACAGAAAUUACCAUUGGAUGGCGUAACUGAUCUUCCAGUUUGCCUUGUCGCUGUUGUCAGUAUUGAGGGUCGAUUGACCUUAGCUUAUCAUCACUGCAGUGAUGAAAUACGGAAUUUUUGAAGUCAAUAUGUAAUUUGAUUUUGGUACGACAAUAGAACCUCUUAUCAAGGGACAACAAAACACAUGCAUGCAUGCACCGAUUGACACCGACCCUCGGGACCGAGGAAAGUGUCCCCUGAAUAGACGUUAGGCUGGGGUUUGUUAACAAUUAACGAACAAAGACUGCGACAUUAUAAUAUGCUGAAUUCACACAAAUGCAGUCCCAGUACAGGGUUUUUUGAACAAACGUGAAAACUAUUUCAAAUUUUCGGAAACAGCACCACCGUCAUUUUAAUAAGGAAGUACCCCCUGCCCUGAGUUUUACACUAAAUUUUUUACACCCUUUAGGCCAUCCUCUUUUCUUUCUCCGUUUAGUGUCGUCUGACCGACCCAAAUUUUUGGCAUUUUCCAAAAAAAAAAAGAAGUAACGAUGUAGUUAAACCAUUUUUCACUUGAAGUAAUUCUUUUAAUCUGAAAAAUGAGCAUAGAACAGUGUAGAGAAAAACAGGAACAUUUUUUUACAGCAUAUUGUGCAUUUCGUUAAUCCAAAUAUGUAAAUGUUAACUUUUAACGUCAUCCUGGGGUAUCAGGGCCUCCUAUUCCGAGACUUCUUGUGAUUUUUUUUAGGUUUUUUUUUUUAAGUCCAACCGACCAACCCAAUAUCGGGAAACGCAUUCAGCGCUAAAUGAAAAAAAAGGGGAUGGCAUUAUUUACUGAUACAAAUUUUUUGUACAGUAGUCACUCUAAAUGAAUUGCUUUAAUGAAUGAUAUGGGUGUGUAAAAAUGAAAUUUCUUCCUGAUUAGGGUGGUAACAAUGCGGGACACACAGUUGUUGUCGACUCCAAAGAAUAUUUCUUUCAUAUGGUCCCAAGGUAAGAUUUACCAUAAUCACAUCUUGAAAAUGUUUCUUCUUGGGUGCGUUCCUUUGAUGUGAUCCAGAUCAGGAUCUGGAUCGAGAUUAUUUGGAUCAUUGUAGAUCAAAUGAAGCGAUUAAUCCUUGUCCAGAGUGGAUUCAUCGGUCCAUUUGAUCUUCCAUGAUCCGAGUCACCUCGGAUCACUGAUCCUGAUCCGGAUCAUCCCAAAGGAACGCACCCCUUAUUUAUAAGAACUGAAUUUAUAGUGCAUCGUCAUUUGCAAGAAGUCUUUGUCCAUAGCAUCAUGUGGUAGAACAGAAAUUAUUAAUAUUGGCAUCAAAGACUAGAAAUGUAGCUGUUACAUUUGUACAUGUAUAAAUUAUUUUAGCAAAUGAAAAUCAGUUUUCAUGGUGUUUCCCUUGUAUAGUGCAUCAGUGAGAAAAUAAUUUGUCAGCUCUCAGAAGAAUUAAAAGGAGCAUAGAUAGAAUAACACUUAUUCCUCAAACAACAAGCACUUAAUUAUUAAGAAAAAACAAGCACCUAAUUAGGUGAAGUGUGUAAAGGAAAUUUGUCUCACAAUGAAUAAUUUUCUCAUUACUUAAGUAUGCUUUUAUGACUAUGACUGGUUAAUGCUUGAUAGGUGAUAUUAUUUUUAUUAUAAUUUUAGUGGGUUAAUACAACCUAAUGCUGUUAGUGUUAUUGGUAAGUAACAAGUUUCCCCUUUUGUACUUUCUUCAUAGUAUAAUAAUGCUAUAAUUACUUAAUGUUUGAGUAAACUACGUUGAUUAAUUUUAAAAAUAUAUCUAUACGUUAACAUGACUUGGACAAAUAAAAAUCUAUUUUUAAGGCUACUUCUAUGCAGUUCUGGGACGUACAUAUAGAUGCAUGCAGAACCUCCUGAAAAUGCCCAGUGGUGCUGGGAAUCAAAUAACAGUGUUGUUCCAUGCUAAAUUUACUCAAGGAAAAUAGCUUUAUACCAAUCCCCAUCAUAUGCCUUUUCCUAUUUGAUAAUACAAUCCCCUGAAAAUUCCACAUAAUUUUUCCUAUUUAUCUUUUUUCUAAUUCAAACAGAAAGUCUGUACAGUCGACUCUCUCGUAACAGACACCAUUAUAAGACACACACCUUGCUAGGAUGGACACCCAGAGUUGGUCCCUGCCUUUCUAUUUUCUUUAAGUUGACUCUCUAUAAGACUAUACCUGCCAACUUUUUCUGAGAUAUAAACGUGAGAUUUUUAUCCUGGGAGUGCUGGGAUUUUUGAAGACGACAUGAUCAUUUCCGAAGAUUCCCGAAGAAGUCCGAAGUCUUCCGAAGACGUCAAAAGUCUUGCGAAGACGUCAAAAGUCUUGCGAAGACGUCCAAAGUCUGCAAAAGGCGAAGUUAUCGAGAAAACGCUUAUCCACACAAUCAGAGAUUGCGAGGAAGGUGUUGUCAUUUAUUCAUUUUACACAUGGUUUUCGUUCCUUACAUGGGUCUGAGUUAACAUAUUUUUGGAAAUUGUGUCAAGCAAGACGGCAACAGCUCUCAUUUUUCAAUCAGGCGUGAGAAAUUGGCCCGCAAGCGUGAGCCGGCGUGAGAUCGAAGUUUUCAACCCGCAGGCGUGAAACUCACGCCUAAGGCGUGAGAGUUGGCAGGUAUAUAAGACAGACAUUUCUCUAAGAUGGACACAUAGUGCUGGUCCCAUUAAAAGUGCCUGUCUUAGUCGGAGUGAGUUGACUGGAAUCUGAGUGGGAAAAUAGUGAGUUUCAGUAAAUUGAUUCUGAGAUGCUGAGAUGUUACUGAGAAACAAUUUUUUGGUUCUUUUAUUUUAAGACCACAGUAAUGACAUGGUAGCGGAAAAGUUAGUUGCUAUGAAAUCCUAGGGCUUGUUUAAUAACCAUGAUUGCUCAGGACUGACUACAUCAUCAUGUCCAUGUGCACUUGUUUAUGCUUUUUUAUUUGUUGUUUUUGUAGGUAAUGGUGUGGUAAUUCACAUUCCUCAGUUUUUUGAAGAGUUACAAGCACUUGAUGCAAAAGGUAGCCAAAAAUGUCCCUUGCCUUAUCUGUUCCAUAAUCAUGAAGCUUAAAAUCUGAUAUUUAACCAGUGAAUGUUAUAUUUUUUGUAGGGGUGCCGGAUUGGCAGGGAAGACUUUUAGUCUCUGACAGAGCACACAUAGGUAUUGCAUUUUUUGGCUCUUUUCUCUAAAUACACUGUAAAUGUUGUACUACUGUUAUUACAGUGGUUUUUACAAGAAAUCAUUGUAUAUAUUUUUUUUAUUUCAGUUGAUUUCUAAUCCAUUUGUAACUUUUUUUAUAGUUUUUGAUUUACACCAGGAAUCAGACAAAUUAAGGGAAGGUGGUAAAGGAGGGUGAGUUUAUUAGGAUUUUUUUAAUUCAUUUUUUUAAAGAUCAACCUUAGGGUUUGUGUUUUUGUUUUGAAAAACGUGUCCUGUAGGCUAGGCAGACUAAUAAUUUUGUAUUACUAUGUUUUUUUUAGGUUAGGAACCACAAAGAAGGGAAUUGGACCCACUUAUGCCUCAAAGGUGCUUAAUAUAUUUAUUAGAUUUUAUAAAAAAUGCAUAAAUUGCUGUGAGUGUUUGAACAGAGUGUUUAUUAAUACUACAAAUGCUAAAUUGUGAAUGGGUGGCCUGUGCAAUACUGAUGGGUGAAAAAUAAACAAUAUUGAAAUUUACCUAAACAGAAAGUGACCAGGUGGAUAUACCACUGCAGUAGAGGGAUAUUAAACAUCUUGAACAAGAGAUAUAACAGUUUGUGUUGUUUGUUAGGCUCAAAGGAUUGGACUCAGAAUAUGCGACUUGGUUGGAGAUUUUGAAGUUUUUGAAAAACGGUAAGUAGUACUCACUCCAGUAUGAUUGCCACAGUCAAUGAUAUUUGAAUGUUCUUCCACAAUUUCAAUGGUGAAUGUCACUCUUCUUAGGGAUUAUUCACAUUAAACUUGUCUAAAAUCGGUAUCAGUAUAUAAUAUGAACAUUGUUUUUGCAGAUUCCGAGGACUUGUGUCACACUUUCAGAGACUGUAAGUACUGCACUAAAACGUAUGUUCAUUGUACAUGUAUAAAAGUUAACAGUUGACAAAUUUCUAUAGAAUGAACCCCACCCACUCCUUCCCCAUUGUGAAAUUUCUAAGGCAAGAUUCCAAAAUAAAAUUUUGGCCUGUAAGACCCUACUCCCUGUUGUAAUUUCCAGUGACCAUUUAUUGGCAUAGUGUGCAGGGUAUUUUCUGGAACCACUGGUAUAAAUGUUAUGAAUUAUCAUCAUAUCCUCAUUGCAAAGUUCUUUGUAGUUGAUUUACAGUUGAAUGUAACAUUUUUAAUCUUAUUGCAUUUUACCAUAACAAAAGGUAUCCAGACCUCAGCACAAAUGUUGAAGACGAGAUUGCAAAGUACAAGGUAUAAUAAUAAAAACAAGCGAUGCAUAUGUAGCCAGCUAGACUGAAACAUAAGCUGACAAUUUCUAUUGUAUCUAGUAAUUUCCCGCACUUAACAGAGAGCUAACAUACUAUGAGUAAAAGUAACACUGUGUAUGCAAAGGGGAUGGCACGAUGUUGCAUGACCUAUCCCUGACAAAUGGCGUCAUGCCCCAUUAACCGCAUUUUACAAUUGCGUUGUAACUUUCCUAAUAAUAACUGCUACUGUUAGGAUGCUCAUGUACCAACAUUAGGUGAUUUACAGAGUAAUUCCAUCUCUGAAAUAAGGUCAAAAUGUAAAAUUAUUGUUUGUGUAUGUACAUGUUCAGGUUCUGUUUACCAAUCAUAGCCAACCCAUCUAGUUGGCGCAUCUUUUAAGUUUUAACCUGCUACAAAUGUUUAUUAUUGGGCUGUCUCAUCCUUUACAAAUAAUCACCUCUCUGUGCCAUAAUUUUGGGUAUUGAUUGUGCAGGUGUGCAUUAAUUCAGGAGGAGUUUUAAAGUAACUAUUGUGUCUUCUUUUGUAGCACUAUGCAGAAAAGAUCCGCCCCAUGGUUUGUGACACAGUAACUUACAUGCACAAAGCCCUGCAGAAUGAAUCUGCCAACAUUGUAGUGGAGGGAGCCAAUGCCCUGAUGCUGGACAUAGACUUUGGUAAGUUUUUAUGGAAUUCUCUCUUCUUUUCCAAAAUUUGCAUACAUUGAAGAAGAGACACAGACUCUAAGACAAUAUUUACUAAUAGACGGUCCUUAAAUGUUCUGGGCAUGGUUCCUGUAAGGUUGUUUAAGACUUAGAUUCAGGAUUAGAAUAAUACCGUAGCCAAUAUUAAUUAAUCCGGUAGAUUUUUUUGAUCAGUGCCAUCAGAUCUUGCAUGUGUUUUAAUACUGUCAUAAUCUCAUAACUGGAAAUCAACAGAAAGAAUCAACAUAAUUUUCAAGCUCCAAUUGUAUGUCCAAAGAAUAGAAAACAUUGCUUAAAAUUUGGUUAAACUAGCUUGGGUGGGGAUUAAACUUUGUCAUCUUUCACAAAACUAUAGGCUCUGCAGGAUGAUAAUAGAGAGAUAAAAAGAGUAACUUACAUUUAUGGCGAUGGCAAAUGUGAAUUUGUACAUGUACCAGUGAGUGACCAAGUUUCCCCUUUACUUGUUUUUGACUCUUCAUAUAACUACACAGAAAUUAGUGGAUAUUCACACUACUAGCUUUAGUAAUAAAAAUUGUUUUAAGCUGUUUUUGUCUGCUCAUUCUCUACUUUGGGAAUUCCUCAACUUGAAUCCGACAUUUGCUGUUUUCUGUAAACUCGACUCUAAAUCUCUCUACAUUGUAAUUACUCAAGGAAAUAAAAACGUAAUGUUGUUUUUAUUCACCAGGUACAUACCCUUACGUGACUUCCUCUAACUGCGCAGUAGGUGCCGUGUGCACUGGACUCGGCAUUCCACCAACUGCAAUAGGCAAUGUUUUUGGAGUGACCAAGGCCUACACAACAAGGGUUGGCUUGGGAGGAUUUCCAACUGAGCUUAAGAAUGUAGGUUGUUUAUAUUUUGCUUUGUCGGAAAGAUUUGUCGGAAUCUUUUAAGUAUUAAAAGACAAAAAUUUAUUCAAUCUGACCCAAGUGUGCAUUGGUGGUAUUGACUGUUAACAGAGAUGCCAACCACUGGAGAUCUAAAAUCUAGAGACUCUCUAUUUUGCACUUCACCAACCCCCCCCCCCCCCCCCCCCCCUAUUUCCACCCACCCCCAAAAAAAAAACCCAAAAAACUCCUUUUUAAAACUUUUUAAAACACCCCAGAGCAAACACACUAAAAAUUCUUUUUUUCUCAAAAACCAUCUUGAACACAAGAAAAAAAAAAAUGUUCCCCCCCCCCCCCCCCCCCCCCCUCCUCCUGAAUGUCAACAGCCCCACGAAAAGAAAAGCUGAUAAUAUCCUAUUUAAACUUUUUAAAAAGCCCCGAGAGCAAUCAGUAUCAAAUUCCUCCUUGUCAUACAACGCAUUUGUAACACAGAGUAAAAAAAAUUGGAAGAUACCAGGUAUCGAAUCCAGUCUCACUUUGGCUCUGGAGGCUAUGUGUUAUUGCAUUCAUGAGACAAUAGAAAUGACCUUACAUUCAUUCAUUAAUUAAGCCAGUAAGCUCAAAAAUUUAACCUGAAAUCAAAGUUGACUUGUAUCAUAGCCAACCCUUAAAGCUCUCCUUUCAAUUUUAUUGACAUCCAUUAAACUUUUCUCCAUGCACGUUCUUCAAGGCACUGAAUGGUGUAAUGAAAGAAGGAGUGUUCAAAAUGUAGCCUUAAAUGACUUUUGAUAAACUGCUAAAUUCUCCCUCUAGUUUGUCUUGCCUGUGAUUCUAAAAAAGAAAGAAUUAUUUCCAAGCACCUCUUCAGAUAACCACUUUUAUUAUGAUGUUAUUUAUUUGGCUCUUAAGUAACUGUUACAAUCAACUAUUUUUUCAUUUUAGGAACUCGGUGACAAGAUGCAGCAGAUUGGCAGGGAAUUUGGGGUUACGACUGGUCGAAAGCGGCGGUGUGGCUGGCUUGAUCUUGUCAUGAUCAAGUAUUCUCACAUGAUAAAUAAUUUCACAAGGUAGUAAGACUUCAUGUUCAUCAGUUUGUCAAAAAUUUCAUCAUUCACUAUUCACUUUCUUCUUGUAGUAUGCUAUUUCAUUUUCACAGAAACGAGGUGAAAGUUUUUCAGUUGUUAAUAAUGGCAUAAAGCUCUAUGUGCAUGGAUACAGAUAAUGUUCACAGCUACAAAUAUUAAGACAAAAGUCCAAAGUUGACCCAUGUUCUUUGUGUGUUGGGUUUUUGAAAGGGAGUUAUCGUGGGGAUGCUACUGUUUCGAGUAAACUGAUUGAAGACUACUGGCUUGAGAGUAGAAAAUGACUCAGAUUGGUUUGUUUAUUUUUUUACUUAAGUUGCCUCAAUUUUUCUAUGGCCCAUGAUCACAAUUUUACUGUCCACUUAAUGUAUUUGAAUAGUUUGUGUCCAUACAGCUUGUAUGGAGAAAUCUUUCUAGCUUUCCAAAUGGAAAAAUAGACUUCCCCAUAAUGUCAAAAAGUAACCACAUUCCUAGGCUCUAACCUUCAUAGUUUAGUGUUCAUUUGUUAACAUAGCUGUGAUGUUCUUUGAUGCCUUAAAAUGAUCAGUGUUAAAGUCUGUACUAGUUGCUUUUUAACCUUAAGCUUUCUUUUUUUUUUGACAGCCUUGCUGUUGCCAAGCUGGAUGUUUUAGACACUUUUGAAGAAGUGAAAAUUGGAAUCUCUUACAAACACAAAGGAAAAGUUGUAGAUUCCUUCCCUGGUAAGAAAACAUCUUUUUUUUUCAGAAAAUUGUUGUAGGCGUCAGUAAAACACCCUCUUUGGGUCAGCAUUGGGAUUUCUCGUUUUUUGCUUACCAUUUUGCUUCCUUUUCGUUUUUUCUUUAAUCAAUGCAUGAAAGGGAAAACAAAUCAAAAUAAUGGGCCCCAUCCCUCUAUUGGCAUAUUAUUGACACCCAAUUGUUCAUUAUGCUAAUUGCCUUACCUGCCAACAGACUGGGAGGUCUCUCAUAGCAAAAGAAGACAGAGAGGAAAGAAAGAGACCUCUGCCAGCCUGGGAUAAGUUUUCUGUCACAUAUGCACUGGCGUUUCCGUAACAACCAGUAACGUUUUAGUCACGUGCGUCACAACUUACAGAACCAGUUUGCGCGAUAACAACUCUGGGCUCAGAAAAUUUCCAGCGUGUAGUCGGCUCAACAGGACAUGCGCAUUCCACAUUAAAUGAAACUAGUUUGACAACCAGUUAGUUUCGGUCUAUUGUUGCGAUCCAGAAAUUUUGCUACCAUGGUAACGUGACGUUACAGUUCUCCUCUCUGUUUGCCUUAAUGAAAAGUCUUGUGAUAUUUUCAAUGGACUGUUUAUUGUUCAAGCAUAGAAAAUGAAAUUUUCUUCUAAUUUCAGCUUCUGUGGAAGUAUUGGAUGAAGUUGAAGUUGAAUACAUCACUCUUCCUGGCUGGAUGACCAGCAUAGAGAAUUGCAGAACAUUCAGCGAGUUGCCGGUCAAUGCUCAAAGUUAUGUCAGAAAAAUUGAAGAAAUUACAAAAAUUCCAGGUCAGUUUAUUAUCAAGUCAAUGCAUACGAGUUCGUGUUUUCUCUUUACUCAGCCAAAUACAUUGUACAGUUGAACAUCCUUCUAUGACCACCAGUCAAGACAUUAAGAUCACUCUUCCUUGUGAAAAGCGAGGACGAUCGAUGUUGGAACCCCUUAGAAACGGCCAGCUCCUGUAAAUGCCCACCAAAUGUUCGUAUUUUGGGUGGUCUUGUCACGGGAGGUUAGACUAUUAGAAAUUUCAGCGAGAAACAGCUAGUAGAAAUUUUUCAUGAGUGAAUUUUGAAAUUAUUUAAAUUUUAUAGUAAUGUAAACUGCUACUAAAAAAAAGUGAUUUCGGCAUCUAAGGAUUUCAUUCACAGACUUUAAAUUGUAAUCUGUUAAUACAGUGUCAUAAAUAGUACCACAUAAAAAUGCUGCUUAUAACAGGUUUCUUUUGGCGGUCGGCAUGUCCUAAGAUUUCAACCACAGACAAAUAAAUUUACUAUUUGUAGCCUUAUAGCAUCGUAAAUAGUACCACGUGAAAGUACCGCUGAAGGUGGUGCCAUAGGAUUUUUUCCACAGACGCAAAAAAAUGAAGUACGCCUUACUCUCCAAUGAUUAGACCCGAUCUCAAUUUGUGUACUUAUUGUAGUAUUUAUUGUUUAUUAAAUUGCAGUGCAAUGGGUUGGAGUUGGGAAGUCAAGGGAUGCCAUGAUAUCUUUGUUUUAA